GCUCCGCCAGGCCCGGCCCCGCCGCACUACAGCUCCCGCCUGCCCCGCGCUCGGCCGCAGGGCGGAGAGACAGGGAGGCGGGAAGGGAAGGAGGAAGGAAGGGUUUCCCCGCCGCGGCGGGAACUACGCGUCCCGGCGUGCGCCGCUGCGGGCGGGGAGCGGCUCGGGGGCGGGGGAGCCCUGAGGCGGAUGAGGGCGAGGCUGGCGGUGCGCGGCUCUGGCGGUCUCCGAGUUGUGGUUCCCGGGGGAGUGAGAGGCUCAGGAUGUCGAGGAAUUUCUCUGACCCAGGCAGCAGCAGAAAAGAGCAUGUUAAAGUCACAAGUGAGCCCAAACCAGGGUUCCUGGAGCGGCUCAGUGAGACCUCUGGAGGCAUGUUGAUUGGACUUGUGACGUUUCUUCUGGCUUUCUAUGUUCUUUUUACCAAUGAAGGACGAGCUUUAAGGACAGCCAGGUCUCUUGAUGAGGGGCUUUCUCUUGUGGUCCCUCUUGACAGCAUCCACAGCAUCUCUCAGCAGAAUGAGGGGAGACUGGUGCACUUGGCUGGUGCUCUGAGUACAUCUAAGCCUUUGUUUGACCCCAGCUAUGGGCUCUCCAUCCAAGCUGUCAAACUUAAGCGUAACGUGGAAAUGUACCAGUGGGUUGAAUAUGAAGACUCAAAGGAAUAUGAGGAGGAUGGUGAGAUUAAGAAAGAGACAAAGUAUUCAUACAAUACAGAGUGGAAAUCAGAAGUUGUGAACAGCAGAAACUUUGAUCGAGAAAUUGGACACAAAAACCCGAGUGCCAUGGCUGUGGAGUCUUUCACUGCUGUUUCUCCCAACGUCCAGGUUGGCAGCUUUGUUCUUUCCAAGGGUCUCGUGGAUAGAAUUGAUGAUUUCAAGCAGCUGAGCUUGUCACACCUGGAGGAUCCCCAUGCUGAUGUUACCCGAAGAGAAAAUUAUUUCUAUCACAGUGACAACCCCAGGCGUCCAGAAGUGGGAGACCUUCGUGUCUCUUUCUUCUAUGCAGGUCUGAGUGAAGAUGAUCCCCAUUUGGGCUCUGCUGACAGGGUGACUGUGAUUGCUCGGCAGCGAGGUGAUCAGCUGGUUCCAUAUCAUACCAAGUCUGGAGAUGUUCUGGAGAUUCUGUACCCUGGGGACCUCUCUGUGGAGGAGGUGUUUCAGAAGGAGCAGGAGGGUAACACCAUGAAGACCUGGGCCCUCCGUGCAGCUGGCUGGCUCUCAAUGUUUGUGGGCAUCAGCCUGAUGACCAGGAUCUUUUACACAUUAGUGGACUGGUUUCCCGUGGUGAGGGAGCUGGUGAGCGUUGGCCUGAAGGUGUUUGCGGUGUGUGUGGCCAGCUCGCUGUCCCUGCUGACCAUCGCCGUGGGCUGGCUCUUCUACCGCCCGCUCUGGGCCCUGCUCCUGAUGCUGCUCUCUGCUGUCCCCAUCCUGGUGGCCAGGACCCGUGUUCUGCCCAAGAAGCAGCAGUGACAAGGAGGUGCUCUGGUCUUGAGCUGAGUCCUGGUUAGAACCUUCCCAAGUGCAUUUCUGCCCGGUUCCUGCAGCAAGCUUACAGCAAAUCACAGCUCAGCAGCGAGCACUGAAAGCUGGGGAGGGGGCUUGGGUGGGAUUGUUGGUACAUGUUAUCCACAGGACUAUAGAAUGCUGUUUGUGGGAAGUCAGUGACACCAGCUUUGGGGAAAAAAGCAUUUUAGGUGUGGGUAUUGAUGGUGAGUUAGUGAACAAGCAGAUUUAUACCUCUUACUGCUUAGUAAUUCCCCCUGAUUUGGGAACUGGCAAGUCCUUGCUGGGUGGGGCACCUUGUGUGUUUGGGAGAAAGUGCCAGCUGCAUCCCAUGGACCCUGGUUAGAUGUCCUUGGGAAAUGCAUGUGCCUGCCUGCCUCUGACAAACCCUCCCUCUGCUGCCUUUCCUGGUUUGCACAGUCAGGAACACUCCUUUGGCUGGUGUGUUUGGCAGUGCACGUGUUCAAAGGGAAAACAUAGCUUAGGUGAAUUCCACAGAAUACUCAUGUAAACCUUCUGCUUUUGGACUGAGGAUUUUCAAAGUCAUUGAUGCAAUGAGUGGCCAGGUUAGCAGUGCUCUGAGUUGGGCAGAUUUAUCAGGACACAUUGAUUUCCCCCAUGUUUUAAGUGUCUGAACUUGGUUUUGGUUAAGCAUCCAAAAUGAUAGCCUGGACUGUAUCUGAACAGUUUCAAAAGUUUCACUUCAAAUUGCACUUAAAGGGGUACUCACAGGUCAUUCACGUGUAAAUAAAAAACCUACUGCCUUGGAACAACAUUGACUUUUAUAACUGAAUGUGUAGUCUAAAAUAGUUGGGGUUUUUUUUUGCUGUGUAUACUGUUCCUUUCUUUAAUUUCACUUAGUAAGGACAAUGAACAUACUCUGUGAAAUUAAGUAAUGGAAACAUUUUUGCCUUACUAGUUUUCAUAGAUUUUAGUAGCCUAAAUUGGUAGUUUUGUAUCUUGUUAGAGGAAUGCCUUGUAGUGUUGUGAUGGCUCAUGUUUAUCUGCUGUAACCAGUACUUGAGGUUAGAGACACCCUUAAGUCUCUCCAGCAAGCUAGAGCCUGGCUUCCAGAUGGAGCCCCCUACACUACUGUUUUGGGGUUUUUGUAAGUAUACACAGUUCAGUACAAAAAUAAUAUUUUCUAUUAUGAAAUCUAUUUAUGACCAUCAGAGGCGUGUUCUCUGUACCAAAGGAAUUUGACUUGAACAUACACAGAAGUAAACGUUUGCUAGAAAUGAUAUUGAAAUAGAAAUCUGAGUUAGAAAUCAUAAAUGUUUUGAGAAUUUGUAAUGACUUUUUUAGUGCUAAUUACUUUCACUCUUUUGGUAUUUGAAUAGCCAGUUUGGUCUCACAGCUCUGUCCUGGUAAAACGAGCAGGGAGUGAAAGGGCAGGAACAGGAGCUGGCCUGGUGCGUGCCUGCUGUGUGGCAGUGGUGCUGCACAGCCUUCCUGCUCUCACAACACCUGCUCAUGCUCCAGCAGUCAGGAACUCUGCUCCACAGGGGAGAGAAACUGUUCUUGAACUGCUGCUGUUUUGCCCAUGAUGCAGAAUACUAACCAGCAUUACUUAUUGGAAAUGAAGUGACAAUUUUCUACUGAAGUGCUGAGCAUUUGUAUAUUUAAUAAAAUACUGUUUUCC